UCAGUGGGGAUCAUCCUCCAUAUUCUGAUUUGCUCCGAAUAGAAUAAUCACUAAUCAGUGUCUAGUGUAAAAAGAGAAAGAAAAAUAAAUAAAUAAUAAGACCGUUGAUUUAUUUAUUAGUAAUAGAACAAUAUCAGUUAGUUUAUAUUAUUUAUUAAAAAAUAAUAAUAACAAAUGUUAAUUUAUAUUAUGGAGUAAAGCGCGCGCUACUUUUCUGUCUUAAUUAUUUGAUAAUACGGUUGGUUUUUGUGUGUCCCAAGAAUAGACCAUCAGACCAAAGAUAAUAACGACAAGUUUUAAAACACGCACGAAAUCAUCAUCAUCAUCAUCACCAACCAUCACCACCAUCAUCAUCAUCAUCGCGGUCGUCAAAGAGAGAAAGACAACGAGUGAGACCAAGAUAUUAUAAAAAAAUUAUAAAAAAAACUCAAGAGAGUUACUGAGAGAGUGAGAGAGAGAGCGCUCAAAAAAAGAAGAGACAAAAAGUGAGGAGGAGGAGGAGGAGGGUGAUUGAAGUAACGAACAGAUCCAGAGUGCCAGCAGCACCAAGUCGUAAGCACACCACACAUACAUACACCGGAUUAAAUUCAAGAGUGAAAAAAUUCGUGGCACCACGUAUUUUUUCUCAUCUUAAUAAAAUAAAAACAACAAAUUACUCUAAUCAUAGAUAGCCUCAUUGGGAGUUAUUGUUUGUAACAAGAAUAACAGUGGUGUGCCCCUCCCAAUAACAUCACCAACAUCAUCAACAUCAUCAUCAACAUUAUCAAAGUCAACUGACUUGUAUAUUAUUUUACAUCAACUCAAAACAAUCCAAGCAUUUACCAGGACCAAAGGAUAAUUAAACUACAUGGCACCAAAUAUUCAAGACAAUAAACUCAUGGAUUACAAGUGUAGUGUCUUAAUUAUUUAAUUGUUUUUUUUUUUUUUUUUUUAAAUUUUAAUUGUUAGUAGAUCAAAUUGUUGUAGAAAAAAAAAAAAAAGAGAAACAGUGUUGAUUUUGAAAGAAAAGGUUGUUUUUGUUUAUUUGUUUUUGUUGAAAAUAAAUAUUUGUGUUUUGUGUUAAAAUAGUAUUUAAAGUGGAUUUAAUUGAAUAAUAGUGUAUUGGAAUUAUUGUCCAGAUAAAAUUGGACCAAAUGUCGAUUGAGACACGUUCAAAUUCGGCCCUCUUUAAGAGGGCCGAACAGCUCAAACGUUGGGAACAAUCCGAGACAAAUAAAGAGCCGGCCCAUCCUAAACAAAUUGCAAGAAAGAUCAAGUUCUCGGCCGAUUGUGUCUUUUUAGCAGCAUGUGCUGCUGGUGACAAAGAUGAAGUUGUUAGAUUAUUACAAAAAGGUGCUGAUAUUAAUACUGGUAAUGUUGAUGGACUCACUGCAUUGCAUCAGGCUUGUAUUGAUGAUGACUUGGACAUGGUUGAAUUUUUGGUUGAACAAGGAGCUGAUAUCAAUCGUGGUGAUAAUGAAGGUUGGACACCUUUGCAUGCAACAGCAUCUUGUGGAUUUAUAUCAAUUGCCAAGUACUUGAUUGAACAGGGUUGUAAUUUAGCUGCUGUUAAUAAUGAUGGUGAACUUGCUGUUGAUAUUGCUGAAAGUGAUGAAAUGGAAGAUUUGUUACAGCAACAUAUUAAUAAAGCUGGAAUUGAUUGUGAUCAAGCAAGAAGUGAGGAAGAAAGAUCAAUGUUAAAUGAUGCAAGAUCAUGGCGUUCUGGUACACCAGGAAAAGAUGUUAUUCAUCCACGUUCUGGUGCAACAGCAUUACAUGUUGCUGCAGCAAAAGGUUAUCUUAAAGUUAUGAAUAUAUUAUUACAAGCUAAAUGUAAUGUUGAUGCACAAGAUUUUGAUGGUUGGACACCAUUACAUGGUGCUGCACAUUGGGGACAAAUUGAAGCAUGUAAAUUACUUGUUGAAAAUGUUUGUGAUAUGAAUAUUAAAAAUUUUGCUGGUCAAACAGCAUUUGAUAUUGCUGAUAAUGAUAUACUUAAAUCACUUGAAGAAUUAAAAAAAAAACAACAAGGAUUAUUAAAAGAUCAUUCACAAUUAAAUAAUAAUAACAACAAAAAACAACAACCAAUACCAAAGAAACGUAUAUCUCCAAGUAUUGAGAAUACAGUGACCACCCAAGAAGGUGGUGAAACAUAUGAAGAGGAGACACCAAAUAAGGUGAUAAAAGUUGAACUAGAAAUUCAAUCAGUUAAAGACGAUACGAGUACAGGAACCAACAGUGAUGUCGAAAGUGGAGAAGAAACAGAUAUUGAAACAAGUGAAUCUGAGAGUAGCUCAGACUCUGAGAGUUCCUCAGUUUCUAGUAUAUCUAAACUAUCAAAUCAGUCUGUCGGUUUGACAGACGAUGAGAAAAAAAAUAGAGCUAAUAAAGAUGACACUGUCUUACACAGUCCAGUAUCACCAAUCGAAAUAACUAAAACACUUAACCAGGUUCCUCCAUUGCCACCAAAACAACAGACUGAAAAUACCGAAGAAGGUACGACGAUACCGUCCUGGCGAAGAUCAGGUUCAUUUAAAAAUCGAAUUCAAGAGGUAGAACCAACAAAUACACUCUCAUCAAAAAAAAUAGAAGAUAAAGACAAAUCAUCAACAAAGACACCAAUAAUCACCAACAAAGUCAAUAUCGAUCCAGAAGUUGUUCUUCGAAGAACUCACAGUUUUGAGACAGACCAAAAGUUCUAUGAGCAGUAUCUGGCAUUGCGAGCUCGAAUCAAGGCAUCUUCCUGCCCCACACUCCACCGCUGUCAUCCAGCUCUUCCCUACCACACCAACGCUACGACCACUCGUUCUGCAUCCUUGCGCGAAACUGACAGAAGGAAAGAGGUGAAAUUAAAUUUAGAAUUAUCACGAGUACCUCAAGAAAGUAAUCCAUCAUCACCAACAUCAACGGUUAAUAAAUUUUCAUCAUCACCAACAUUGUCAAAUGCAGCAUUAUUAUCAUCCAGCAAUACACUAACUGCAACAACAACAACGACAACAACAAGUCCUGCACCAUCAAAUCAAAUUCGCAGCAAUCAAACGUUGGAUGUGAAUUCAGCAAAUAUAACAUCACUUCAUAAUUCAAUGAUGACAAUAUCAGCACCAAAUACACCAGCUGGAAGCAAACUCAGUCCAGGAAAUAUCUUCAAGAAUUUCUUCAAAUCGUUUGUGCCGCCUGUUCGUGAUGAAGAGAGUGAAACACAAAGGAAAGCUCACGCAAAGAGAGUUCGUGAAACUCGUAGAUCAACUCAGGGUGUUACACUUGAUGAAAUUAAAAGUGCUGAACAAUUAGUUAAAAAGAAACAACAACAGACUAAUGAUGUCACACCACCAACCUCAUUAUCUCAGCCAACAACGUCAAUCGGUCAAACAGCCUCAAUCACAGCUACAAUAACAACAGCAACUCCUACAACAGUUACAACAAAUAAAGUGCCCGAAGAAAUAAAUGUGCCUGAAAGACGGCCAUCGUGGCGACUAAGGGUAGAUAAUGGGAGCAAGUUUCAGUUGGAAGAUGCCAACAAUAAAUCAUCUGACACAACGACGGCAUAUAUUAGAAGACCAUCUGGUGGUACAGGUGUACCAAGGCCUAGUUCAGCACCAGUUGAACCAAUAACUGGUUCUGCUGAUGCAACUGUAACUCUACCUCUCAGACGAUCAUUAAAAUCACCCGAGGAUAAAGAACAAGAUAAAGAAAAUGAUAGUAGAAAUGCUCAAGCAACACAAGCUGUCAUACAAAGGAGAAGAAGACCAAAACGAAGAUCGACGGGUGUCGUUCACGUUGACAUGGAUGAAAUUGAUCCAGAAAAACAAGAUUCUUCGAGUGUCGGUGAUUCGGAGGAAUCUAGAAACAAUCAUGAGAGUGGCAAUGAAAGAUCUGGACGAUCAAGUAGACUAGGCUCAAUUUCAUCAGAAGCACCAUCAACUCCAACUAGAACAAAAUCAAUAAGUUCAGAAAAUGGUGAUCUUGAUUAUAAAAAAUUAUGGGAAGAAUCACAAGCUGAGAAUGAAAGAUUAAAAGAUAAACUUCGACGUUCUGAUGAACAACUUAAAGAAACUAAAAAUCAAUUGGAAAAAUCACAAAAUAAUCAAAAUAAAAAUUUAUUAUCAGAAGCAGAAAAACGUGAAAGACGAGCUAUGGAAAGAAAAUUUUCCGAAAUGGAAGAAGAGCUACAGGUCUUGGAACAAUUGAAAGCUGAAAAUCUAAGGUUAAAAGAAGAAAAUGGAGCAUUAAUCAGAGUUAUCAGCAAACUCUCCAAAUAAAUAAGUAUAAUUAUAAAAAUAAAACAACAAAAAACAAAGGUGUCAAACAAAGAAACAAAUACGAAAAAAAAAAUUAAUUUAUCAAUGCGCCAAGUAGAGAAAGGCUGGAAACGAUUUAUUUGUUGAAUUGUGUAUUAUUAUGUUAUUUAAAAGAAAAAGAAAAAAAUAUUUAACAAAUCAACAUUAUAAUUAAUAUAUCAUUUUGACUAUUAUUAUUAUUUCAAUAAAUCAAUUGAGUUUUUUUUUUAUGUUUUUAUUAAUAAUUUAAUUUAUUAUAUAAAAAUUUAAAAAAUGAAAAUUAUCAAAGUGGAUUCAGUCUUGUGGCAGUGCCAAAAAGCAAUUGUUAAAUGCUUAAACGGCAAUUACUUAAAAUUUUUAAAAAAAGCUUUAAUUCACAUGUCAAUAAGUUUGAAUAAUUGAAAAAUAAAAAUUUAAAAAAUAUUAAAAUUUAACUCUGAUAAAAUUAAUAAAAGUGAUUAUGUUGAUAUAAAUUUUUUUCAAAGGACUUUAUGUAAUUAUGUAGAUAAAAUAUUUUCUAAAUAAAUUUUAACGAAUCGAAUCGAAUGAUUUAAUACGAAAAAUAAAUAAUAUUUCAAAAAUUUUACUACUGUCUCUAUUAAAUGAUAAAUAAAAUUUUUUAAAUCACUAAAAUAAUUGAAAUAAUUUGAAAAUAAUAAACAACGCUUUUUAUAAAAUUGCGUUUGAGAUAUUGUGAUUUUUUUAAAAUAAUAUACAUUUAAAUAAUUAAGGGGACGAGCUAAAAAAAAAUCAAUUAAAAUUAUAUACAAUUUUCUAAAAAUUAGUAUAUACUUUAAUUGAAAAAAGAAAAUAAAUCUGAGUAAAAACGAAUGAUAUGUUACUCGAGUGGCCUUUGUAAAAAAAAAAUUAAAAAAAGACUGCAAUUUAUAAAUAAUAUCGUCAUUGCCACCAAUUGAAGGUAAACAAUAAUUAUAAUAUUAUUUACAAAAACUUGUGAGACAAUAUAAAAAUUAACAACGAUCAUUUUAAAAAAUAAAUCUCUUAAUUAAAAUAAAAAUUUUAUACCACAAUUGUUCAGUCGUUUAUGAUAAAAGCAACUCUAAAUUGCCAGAUUGUGCUUUAAAUUUCAUUCUAAUAAAAUCAAGGCCGGAAUUUUUCAAAAUAUAUUAACUAUCAAUCAACAAAAUAAAAAAACAAUAUUAACAUUUUUUUACUGAUACACGUUUAAAUGAUUUAAGCUAAUUUGGCGAUAAAUUUUUUUGCAAUAAAUUUAUAAAAUUAGAAAAAU